AAAUGCGCAGGCGUCAGGCUGAGGACGUCCCUGAGUUUCACGCAUGCGCGCAGUGCACAGAAGGCUUUGAAAAUGUCGGUUGCAGGUUAAAAAUGAGAAGGAAUUUGUCGCCAGGAAGCUCAAACACGGCACAUCAGUUUUGUUGUCUCUGUCUAGAUGUUUAAAAAGUGGAGCAAGGGAUGCAAUUGACCACCCUUUCUGCUCGGACUGUGGGGAGGGAUUCACUUGGACAGUUGACCAACUGGCACGCCUGUAAUUUACACAGGAGAAAGGCCUUUCACCCGCUCAGACAGUGGGAAUGGAUUCACUCGAUUAUCACAAUUGAAAGUACAUCAGCAAGUUCACACUGGGCAAGGCCAUUCACCUGUUCUGUGUGUGAGAAGGGGUUCAGUCGGUCAUCCCACCUGUGAACACACCAAUCAGUUCACACUGGGCAGAGGCUGGUCAACUGCUGAGUUUCUGGGAAAGGAUUCACUUAGUCAUCUGUUCUAAUGGCACACCAGCGUGUUCACACCGGGGAGAAGCCGUUCACCUGCUCAGAGUGUGGGAAAGGAUUUACACAGACAUCUACCCUACUGGUACAUCAGCGAGUUCACACUGGGGAGAGGCCAUUCACCUGCUCAGUCUGUGGGAAAGGAUUCACUCAGUCAUCCCACCUACAGAUACAUCAGCGAGUUCACACUGGGGAGAGGCCAUUUAACUGCUCAGUCUGUGGGAAGGGAUUCAUUCAGUUAUCCCACCUGCAGAGACAUCAUCGAGUUCACACUGGGGAGAAGCCGUUCACCUGCUCAGAAUGUGGGAAGGGAUUCACUUGGUUAUUCAGCCUACAGAAACAUCAGCGAGUUCACACUGGGGAGAAGCCGUUCACCUGCUCAGUCUGUGGGAGGAGAUUCACUGAGUCUUCCACCCUGCAGAAUCAUCAGCGAGUUCACACUGGGGAGAGGCCAUUCACCUGCUCAGUCUGUGGGAAAGGAUUCACUCAGUCAUCCCACCUACAGAUACAUCAGCGAGUCCACACUGGAGAGAGGCCAUUUAACUGCUCAGUCUGUGGGAAGGGAUUCAUUCAGUUAUCCCACCUGCAGAGACAUCAUCGAGUUCACACUGGGGAGAAGCCAUUCACCUGCUCAGAAUGUGGGAAGGGAUUCACUUGGUUAUCCAGCCUACAGAAACAUCAGCGAGUUCACACUGGGGAGAAGCCGUUCACCUGCUCAGUCUGUGGGAGGAGAUUCACUGAGUCUUCCACCCUGCAGAAUCAUCAGCGAGUUCACACUGGGGAGAGGCUGUUCACCUGCUCAGAAUGUGGGAAAGGAUUCACUCUGUCAUCUACCCUACUGAUACAUCAGCGAGUUCACACUGGGGAGAGGCCGUUCACCUGCUCAGUCUGUGGGAAAGGGUUCACUCUGUCAUCUACCCUACUGGUACAUCAGCGAGUUCACACUGGGGAGAGGCCGUUCACCUGCUCAGUCUGUGGGAAGGGAUUCACUAAUUUAUCCAGCCUACAGAGACAUCAGCGACUUCACACUGGGGAGAAGCCGUUCACCUGCUCAGAAUGUGGGAAGAGAUUCACUCAGUCAUCCAACCUACUGAGUCACCAGCGAGUUCACACUGGGGAGAAGCCAUUCACCUGCUCAGUCUGUGGGAAGGGAUUCACUCAGUCAUCCCACCUACGGAGUCACCAGCGAGUUCACACCGGGGAGAGGCCAUUCACCUGUUCAGUCUGUGGGAAGGGAUUCACUCAGUCAUCCACCCUACAGAGUCACCAGUCAGUUCACACUGGGGAGAGGCCUCUCUCCUGCUCAGUCUGUGGGAAGGGAUUCACUGUGUCAUCCACCCUACAGAGACAUCAGCGAGUUCACACUGGGGAGAAGCCGUUCACCUGCUCAGAAUGUGGGAAGGGAUUCUCUCAGUUAUCCAGCCUACAGAAACAUCAGUGAGUUCACACUGGGGAGAGGCCAUUCACCUGCUCAGAAUGUGGAAAGAGAUUCACUGACUCUUCCACCCUGCAGAGUCAUCAGCAAGUUUACAGUGGAGAGAGGCAGUUCUCCUGCUGAGAAUGUGGGAAAGUAUUCACUCUGUCAUCCACCCUACUGGUACAUCAGCAAGUUCACACUGGGGAGAAACCUUUCAACUGCUCAGUCUGGGAAUGGAUUCACUCAGUUAUUCACCCUACAGAAACAUCAACAAGUUCACACUGGAGAGAGGCCGUUCACCUGCUGAGAAUGUGGGAAAGGAUUCACUCAGUCAUCCCACCUACUGACACACCUGUCAGCUCACAAUGGGGAGUGGCCAUUGUUAUGAAUCUCUAGGUUUUGUUUGCUGUGGAGAGAGAGAGAGAGAGAGAUUAAGAAGGCAAAUGUGUCUGACUUGCAGCUUGUUUACAUUGUGUGCAGCUUGUUUAGUUUUAACUGAGGACACAGACACUCAGAGUCAGACGGAGACGAAGGAGGAAAAAUGGAAAGAAUCGAAACCAGGGAACUAGUGGCCAAGGGUCACUGUUUGGAACUUUCCUUUGCCCACAAGUGUGGGCAAAUUAUCGAUUCUCCGUACAUUGAAUAUGUGGAUGUCACCUCAUUUGAUCCAUUGGAGUGGAUCUGAUUUGGGGUAUCCUGCGGUGACCACUAAUGUGUUAACCCUUGUCUGGCUAUGGUGUGGUAAUUCUUUUGAAGACGAUACCCUUCAUGACAAGUCACUUUGGGUGAUAAUUAGUAUGUGGAUUUGGAAGGAUGACAGAUAAAAUCUACAGCAACUGUUGGUCUUGUUUUACCACCAUGUAACCUGUGGAAUAUGACAUAAUUGCCUUCUCUCAACAUUUACCCUGGAUUACAAAUAUCUCUCU